AUAAUUCAGACAUCUUACAUGCAACGAGUUUAUAUGUUUGCAAGACGCUUUUUAAAUCCAGAAGGAUGGUGAAAUUGUGAUGUAGGAGCGGCGCGCGCCGUCUCGGGGGUGUGGUGAUGCUCGCGCUGUGAACUCACGAGAGCGCGAGCGGGCGCUGAAUACUAGAGCACUCAGAGCAAAGCACGGACACCGAACAGAGAACCGACAGCAUGGCAUCGUCUCAGGGGAAGAGCGAACUCCGCUAUGCGGACUGGAUGUCAAGUUUACCGGACACCUUGCACAGUAUUCCUCUUACCAACCUCGCCAUCCCGGGUUCCCACGACUCCUUUAGUUUUUACAUCGACGAAGCCUCACCAGUUGGGCCGGAGCAGCCUGAGACCGUGCAGAACUUUGUCUCUGUGUUUGGCACAGUGGCCAAGAAGCUGAUGAGGAAGUGGCUGGCGACACAGACCAUGAACUUCACCAGCCAGCUGGAGGCGGGCAUCCGCUUCUUUGACCUCCGCAUAUCCACCAAACCCAGAGACCCUGGCAACGAGCUCUUCUUUGCGCACGGCCUGUUCAGCGCCACCGUACGCGAGGGCCUGGAGCAGAUCAGCACCUUCCUGGCCUCCCAUGCUCGCGAGGUCGUGUUCCUGGACUUCAACCACUUCUACGGCGUACAGAACCUCCAUCACGAGAAGCUGGUCCAGAUGCUGCGCACCAUCUUCGGGGACCGACUCUGUCCAGUAGUGUUUGCUCAAGAGGUAAGCCUGAAGUACCUCUGGGAGAAAGAGUAUCAGGUGCUGGUCUUCUAUCACAAUCCCAUGGCUCUGGAGGUUCCUUUCCUGUGGCCUGGUCAGAUGAUGCCUUCUCCUUGGGCCAAUACCACAGAUCCUGAGAAGCUCAUUCAGUUCCUUCUAGCCUCAGUAAAGGAUCGGAGACGUAAGGGCACCUUUUUUGUGUCCCAAGUGGUUCUCACUCCCAAAGCAAGCACAGUCAUGAAGGGUGUCACCAGCGGUCUGAGGGAGACCAUCACAGAGAGGGCUCUUCCUGCCAUGAUGCAGUGGAUCCGCUCACAGCGACCUGGGGAAAGUGGAGUAAACAUCAUCACGGCCGAUUUUGUGGAGCUGGGGGAAUUUAUCAGCGCUGUUAUCACCCUCAACUACUACCUGGACGAUGAGGAAGAGAACGCCACCUGAACCUCCAGAUUUCCCACAUCGCUUGUGGUAUCAAUUACUUGCUCCCUCUCUCUUUUUAUGUUUUAUUGAUUUUUAUAGAUUUAUUUUGGAUCAUAGAGGCUCUGUUCGUCUGACAUUUUUAAGGCUAAUGAAAACCUUGAGAAUGAUAGUAGAGUCCAGACACGGUCAGGUGGAAUAAUUUCAGGUUUUGUCUGAGGAUGAAUGGGGGCAGAUGAUGAUUUAAUUUCUUUCUGGGCAAAAAAGGUGACUGGCCUUUCCCCAUGUUUCUCUGCUUCCUAUCUAUUGGACUACUAGUUACUGAUCCACAUGCUCCAAACCUUCAUAAGUUCCCCCAAUUCUGCUUCUGAUCAAAGUAACAGUAACACAUA